AUGAGAUACUCGUUCGCCUUCACCGGUCUUGUGACCGUGGCCUUCAGCUCUGGUGUUCUGGCCCAGACUACCGAGCCCGUUGAGACCAUCGACCCGGUUCCCACCUCUGAGCCCGUCGUUCCCCCUACCACCGUUGUUCCUACCUCCGUUGUUCCUACCAGCUCGGUCGCCCCAUUGCCGCUGCCCACCGACCCCUGCCUGGCGGACUGCAACAAGAAGCACGAUGCUUGCAACAGCGCUCCCGGUGCCAACCACGCUUCUUGCGCUUCUGACUACGCUCAGUGUCUUGGCUACAACCCAUACGCCGACACUGGCUUUGUUGAGCCCACUGCUUGCUCCAAGAGCAUGACCACCGUCCCCGUCCCCCAGAAGACCGAGUCCCCCGAGGUCUGCUGUGUCACUUGUACCACCACCUACAAGGCCUGCUGUGACGCUGCUGGCGGUAUCAUCGACCACUGCAAGAUCGAGUACACCACUUGCCUGGGUUACAACCCCUUCGACAUCAUCCCCUGGGUUGAGCCUACCGUGUGCAAGCACAACGAGCCCAAGCCCCCCAAGCCCACCGGAACCCCUGAGGAGUGCUGCAUCCAGUGCACCACUGUCUAUGACUCUUGCUGUGCCGCCGACGGUGCCAUCAUCGAGAACUGCAAGGCCGAGUACACCAUCUGCCUGGGCUACAACCCCUGGGAUAUUGUCCCCUGGGAGAAGCCGAUUGUCUGCAAGCACGGUGACAAGCCUUACCCUCCUCCCAAGGACGGUGACCACAAGGACGGCAAGAUCAUCGUUGGCCCCCCUACUAAGCAGCCUUCUGGAACUCCUGAGGAGUGCUGUGUGACUUGCACUACCACUUAUAAGGCUUGCUGCGACGCUGCUGGUGAUGUCAUUGACCACUGCAAGGUUGAGUAUACUACCUGCCUCGGAUACAACCCCUUCGACAUCAUCCCUUGGGUCGAGCCUACUGUCUGCAAGCACGGCGACUCUACUGGUACCAAGAAGGGUGGCGACAGCAAGGACAACGGCGGCAAGAUCAUCAGCGGCCCUCCCACUUCUCAGACCGGCACUAAGCCCAACACUGGCAAGAAGGGUACCCCCGAGGAGUGCUGCAUCGAGUGCACCGCCAUCUACAAGAAGUGCUGCGAUGAGGCCGGCGACAUCAUUGACCACUGCAAGGUUGCCUACACCUCUUGCCUGGGCUACAGCCCCUUCGAGGUUGUCCCCUGGGUUGAGCCCACCGUCUGCAAGCACCCCGACGACGAUGUUGUCAUUGUCAGCGGCGGUGAGAACCUCCGACCUGCCCUGGCUCUCCUUGCCCUGGGUGCCAUUGCUCUUCUCUGUAAGUCCCCGACUCUCUCACAGAUUUACUCAGCUGCUAACCACAUAUCCAGAAAUGAGCCCAGCUGGCGACCCAAGCAGUCGCAGUCUUCUUCCCUUCUUCUUCUGCUGACCCUCUUACCACUUCGACUCUUCUUUGUUGCCCCGGGGUGA